AUGACCUCUUUAUACGCACCAACAGGUGAUGAUGUGAAGCAGAGACUGAGACCUUUUGGUAUCUUCUUUGAGAAGUCGCUGAAGGAUUUGAUUAAGGGUAUACGAUCAAACAAUGAGACACCUGAAAAAUUGCAACAUUUCCUUGCACAAGCUCUCAGUGAAUGUCGAGAGGAGGCCAAUUCACCUGAUUUGAAUUUGAAGACUAAUGCAGUUCUUAAGCUGACCUAUUUGGAGAUGUAUGGUUUCGACAUGUCAUGGGCCAAUUUCCACAUCUUGGAGGUGAUGAGUAGUAGCAAGCUUCAACAGAAACGUGUGGGUUACUUAGCAGCUUCACAGUCUUUCUAUAAGGACUCUGACAUCCUUAUGUUAGCUACGAACCUAAUGAAGAAGGAUUUGAAGUAUGGAGGAAACAACGAUGUGGUUAAAGUUGGGAUUGCGUUGAGUGGGCUUUCAACCAUUGUUACACCGAGCUUGGCUGCCGAUAUAUGCGAUGAUUUAUUUGGCAUGCUAAGUAGCUCGAAACCUUAUAUCAGAAAGAAAGCAGUGACGGCGUUAUUCAAGGUUUUUCUUCAAUACCCAGAAGCAUUAAGAGAUAACUUUGAUAAGUUUGCCGCAAGGCUUGAAGAUGAUGACACUUCAGUUUUGUCAGCCAUGGUAAGUGUAAUUUGUGAACUCUCCAAGAAAAAUCCACAGCCUUUCAUAAAGCUUUCUCCAAUGUUGUAUGAGAUUUUGGUGACCAUUUCAAAUAAUUGGAUCAUCAUAAGGCUACUAAAAUUGUUUACUAACUUGUCCAAAGUCGAACCAAAAUUGAGGCCCAGACUCCUACCAAAGAUCCUGGAACUCAUGGACACUACUGUAGCUACAUCUGUACUGUACGAAUCGAUUAAUUGUAUCGUCAAGGGAAAUAUGCUGGAAGAAGAUGAUUUUGACACAGCAGUUCGCUGUUUGGAGUGUCUACAAACAUUCUGUGAUUCUUCUGAUCCGAAUCUGAGAUACAUCAGUUGUGUUCUAUUUUACAAAAUUGGUAAGAUCAACAUCGCUUUCAUUUCACAAUUUGAUAAACUGGUGCUGCGUCUUUUGAACGAUGUUGACGUUUCUAUUAGGUCAAAAGCCCUAGAACUUGUCGUUGGGAUUGUUAGUGAAGAAAAUUUAAAGAGCAUUGUUUUAGCACUGCUGAAGCAGUUUGUGGACGAAGAUACAAUAGUGCUUCAAUCAGGGGAGCCUAACUUUGAAGUCGCAAAUGAAAUACCAAUUAUAAUUUCAGAGCCAUACAAAAUAAAAAUGGUCAAUACUAUCAUACACAUUUGCUCCAUGGAUAACUUCUCGAUGCUAACGGAUUUCGAGUGGUACAACACGGUUCUAUUAGAUCUCAUCAUGCUCUCUCAGGAUAUUUCUGAGCCAUCUUUGGGAUGCAAGAUAGGUGAGCAGCUGAGAAAUAGCAUGGUCAAAGUCCCUAGCAUGAGGGAAGAUACGUUAUCAACCAUCAUUAAAAUUCUGUCAACUGACAGUGUUUAUACACAGAUCGCAGGUGUUUUGAAAGAAUGUUUCUGGUCGAUUGGUGAAUAUUCCUCCCAGGUUGACAAUGGAGAUGACUUAAUUCAAUCUAUUCUUGCCAAAAAACAUCAUUUUGCUGCUGAGAUUCAGCAAGUCGUCAUAAUCGCAUUGCUGAAGAUUUUCACUAAUUGGUCGAAUGGUCAUUCAGAUCUAGACCUGACCCGCUUAAAAUUUAUUAUGGAAGAGUUGCUCAACUAUUUUCAAAGUUUGUCUUAUUCGAAAGAUUUUGAAGUGCAAGAGCGUGCCGUUGAGUCCUCUGAAAUACUGAAGCUAAGUAGCGAAGCUUUGCAAGAGGACGGGGAUGGACUUCCACUAUUGAUUAGUGAAGUGAUGCCAAGCCUGUUCAAUUCUUAUGAGCUCAAGCCCUUGUCCCACGGGGUUCAAAUGCAGCUGCAGCAGAACGUCACGGUAGAUUGCGAUACGCCAUUCUUGAGUACCGAAGAAUUGACGGAAAUCCUAGAAAAGAAUACCUCCAGUGAAACUGGUGCUUUCACGGAGGACUCAUUGGAGAGCGAUGACGGCAAAUUUGCAUAUAACGAAGAAGAAGCGGAUGAUUCAUCUAGCGGCGAGAAACAACCUACUGAAGAUUGGGAACUUUCUAAGGAGGAACGAGAAGUGCUGGAAAAGAGGAAAGAGGAAGAAAGGCAAUCUAAUCCAUUUUACCUAGCCCGAGAAGAAACUACCAGCAAAAGUAUUAAUGGUGAUUUACUUGACUUCUCGGAGAACGGCGAUGACACAGAGCAAAGUUCAAACACCAUAAGGUUAAGUAAGCAGCAGAUCAUAUCUCCUAGUGUUGGAGAGAAGGCCAAGAAAGAAAAAAAGAUUAAGAAGAAACCGAAAAGAAGAGUCGAGGUCUUGCCUGAUGAAGUUGUGGCCACGACCCAGGACGUUUCCAACAAUAAACCCUCCAACAUUCGAGUCACACCAAGCUCACAAUCAGUCUCGUCGUUGGCUCCUUCCAAUAAGAAGAUCAGCCUCAAGACGCACACCAUGCUUGAGAAUUUCGAUUUCUCCAAGCCAAAAGACGCUCUUGAUGAGUCCAAUGAGGAUAUAGGCUCUGGUGCCCAAGAUGAGCAGGAUGAGCUAGAGAGAAUUCGGUCAAAAUUUGCAAACCAAGGUCUCGUAGAAAUUCAGCCCGGUGAGGAGGAUGAGGAAGUAGUCAUAGUCAAAAAGAAGAAGAAAUCGAGCAAGAAGAAGAAUAAGAAAACAUCUAAAACCAGCUCAAAAACUCAAGAAGAAAAAGAAGAUGCAAGACAGUUAGCAUGA